AUGUUCGUCUCGGCCCGCGAUCAAGGCCGUCGGCGCCGCAGUCAUAUCCACGGCGUUAGCAAGGCAGCCCGCUCUUCCAAAUUGUCCCUUCUUUCUGCAAUCACUACUGCAUCCCAUGGAUCGAACGAUAGUACGUCUACCACCACCCAAGAAACUUACGCGAGAUCCUCCUCGGGCUCAAGCAAACGGCGGAAGUCGUCCAAAUCCAAAAAACCUCGAGAGGGUCGGGAAGGACUGGUGCCGUCGGUGAAUGGCACUUUAGAGAAGUCAAACAAGGCAGAAAGGAUGUCCAGAGAGUCGGUGGAUGUCUUCGCCUUCCUUGUCAAGGACGACGAUCAGAGCACGCCGACGUUGCACACUGAAGAACCCGCUCAUUUCGUACCGGAAGAGACGCCUGUCCACGACGAAUCAGAGACCGAAGGUGGUGUAAAGAGUCAGCAUUCCGACUCGGGAAUAUCAAUGGGCGACAGCAGUGUUUGCCACGUCAACAACGACCCUUCCCUCGAUAGCCGGUUGUCGCCGUUGCCAGAGGACACACAAGACAUCACUGACACGCAAGGCCACUUGAAAGACAGACCUUCCUAUUCUCGACGGCUACGAUGGAAGUGGCCCGACGUACCGCCCGCUACUCACAAGCGUUCCAUACCUAGCCCCAGCAUUAGAACUCCCAGCCCUGAACAUACACGCAUUCACACACCACGUACGCCCGACAGUUUGGACAAAGAAUUCUGCGCCCCCAAGGAAAUUCUGUCCGGGUACGAUCUUGUCGCUGAUAAACUAACCCAAGGGGAGAUCCCACCGGUGUUUCGGCUUUUUCAGAAGAGUAAUUAUCGCGUCCUCCUGCAAUUGCAGGACGAAAUUGGAGAAAUGGAAGAAGAAUUGGCUGCUCUGGAUCUGGCCGACACCCGAAGUCGGCUCAAUUCAAACGGCAGUACAUCACCAGCCUCGCGAAGGAUCAACUGGCAAUGGAGUCAGUCAGAUCUACAAGCGCAUCGAUUGCAGGUCUUGGGAAGACUGUAUAUCAAAAUCGAACAAUACUAUCAAGCUCUUUUAUCCACCCAAAAAGUGCAGAGACUCUCAUCGCGAGCAAUUCCCGCAGAGAUUGAUAAAUUUCGAGCAUGGUUACGGGAGAAUAACCCUCUGUCCGGCCCCGAGUCCACGUUCUUAGAUAACGAGGAUGAUUUGAUAGCGUUAAAAGAGACCUCUACAGGAUGGGACCCCACCGGGUCCACCUCCACCACCACCACCCCCGAUUUAGUUCCGCUCUGCAUUUUGACCAUGACGCUUCUUCCUUUACUGUGCUUCAAACUCAUCACGGGCGUUUUGAACCGAUUGAUUCUACUGACUGCAUUGUUGGCUGCGGGGCUGAGUGGUCUGGAAAAGUUGGACCGGUCAAAAGGGGAACAACAGCAUCGACAAUGGGUUCUAGCAUGUUUUGGUGUGUCUUUUUUGGCGGCUCUGUCCUUCUAG